GUUAUCCUGGUGGUCGACAUUUGAGUGAGCGCGAUCUUCCAUCUAAAGUGCUCAGUGAGCACAAUCAGGAUCCCCCUGCACCCUCUCAUCUUCACCAAGCCCCUCGUAUGCAAGCAUCGAAAUCUGUCCCCUCACUUAACAGUGAAGCAGGCAGUAGUGUAGGAGGGAAGCCAGCUUCUCUCGAGGUGUUCAACCCUUCAUACUCCCGUACCUCUUCCAAUACCUCGCUGUCACAGCCUCCGAACCCUCAGUUUUCUCAUCACCCUCAUCACCAUCAACAGCCACAGCAGCAGCAGCAGCAGCAACAGUUGCCACCACCACAGCAGCAGCAACAGCCCCCAGUCCGCUCCAGGUCAACCCAAAAUUUGAGUGAUGGAAGCUAUCCUGGUCUUGUUGGCCGUCAUCCAAGUAACCCCAGCCUUGUGGUGGAAGAGGAACGCUACUACCAGAAUGUGAACUUUCAUCAAGGCCCCCAAGACUCGCGCAUGGGGUCAAUACGUACUCGUCCAAUACAGGCACUACCAAUGAGUUCUCCAGCAUCACAAGACUCUUCCGAGCAUGUGCGACCUGAUCCUCGGGCAGACCAUCGACCAGCUUCGGCUUUCUUGCAGCGAGAAGAUUUAAUACAGCACAGAUCAGAAUUACACCGUCCAGCCUCUCAGCGUGAACUUCGUGCUGACGCAAAGAUGCUAGAAAUGACAGAAGAAGUGCGACGACGAGAGGAACGGGCACGACAUAAUGGCCAUCCACCAUCAUCUCUGCCACACCGAUCCAGCCAGAACCAGCCACCUCACCACGUGCCAAAUUCUAUCCCUACUGCAAGUACUCCCUUCUCACCUGAUGGUUACAAUGGCAUACAGGGUUUACCAAAUCAACAUACUGCUUAUCACCAUACUCAGUCACAACCACUUAGUCCACAGGGCACAGUGACAGGGCUCCAGCAGAUUCCUAGGCAUGCCCAUCCACAAUAUAGUACGCAUGGACAAAAUUUAUCCAGUAAGCUUCCUCCUCCAACAGCCCCCAAACCAAAAUCACAGUCUGGAUCCCAGGGUUCUGUAUUACCUGAAGCUCCAGAGAAACCCUCACGGCAGUUUGGAUAUGAAGGAAGUAAUUCAGUUGAUGGACCUCCAAGACCGCCACCACCAGAGGAAGGGUAUAGAGAAUCUCCUCCACCACCACCACCCCCUACUUCAACUCAUCCUCUUCUUCAGGGCAACCGACCUGCUUCCACUGUAGGCCCUUCAAGUCAGUUACCUAGUAAAUCAGCCUUCAACAAGACCAGUCCAUGGGAUAGAGAACAAAAGGAACUGCAUGAUCGCCGCCGGCGUGAAGCUGCUCGUCAUUGGCGUGAUGAACAGAUUUCAUCGCUGGAAAGUUUGCCUGUGCGCACAUCUCAGCAGGACGAAAGACUACGAACGCUUCGCUUGGAAAGGGAAUUUCAGCGUCGUGCAGAAGAAGCCCUUACAAAUGAAGAUGAGGAUGAAGAUGAUGGUGAUGAUGAUGACGAUGAUGAUGUUGAGGUUUCAAAUGAUAAUGAAGUUAGUCUGAGACAGGGCUCUCAGGAUAGCAUAAUCAGAGAAUAUAGUAAACCUUCAAGUACUGCCUCAAUCAUCACUUCUGGGCAAGAGUCACGGAUGAAUGGUGGGGGACCUGCUGAUGAAGAGCGUGCAAGAAAAGUAGAUGAGAUACGAAGGAAACAACAAGAGUUGGAAGCUGCAAGGGAAGUUGAAGAACGUCUCUUGCGGGAGGCACAACGUCGGCAGCAAGAAGAACAAAUGCGGCGUUUUCAGCAGCAACACCAAGAACAGCAACAGCAGCAACUUCAGCAGCAACAACUUCAGCAGCAACAACUUCAGCAGCAACAACUUCAGCAGCAACAACUUCAGCAGCAACAGCUUCAGCAGCAACAACUUCAGCAGCAACAGCUUCAGCAGCAACUUCAACAGGGAGCUGCUCCUCAGCAUCCACUCUAUCAACAUCAGCACCAUGCAACACAAAGGCUCGACACUCUUGUUGCUACUCCAUUCCACACACAGUAUAGCAAUGGUCCAAUAAAUGGGAUAAGAGGGUCCCAUAAUAGUUAUCCAGACAAAACUGGAAUCAGUGAAGUCAGCCAUCGUUUAGACACUGGAACAGCUGCAGCACAGCACAGCCCUAUUCCACCAGAACGAGGCUCUUCCUAUUCCAUAAUGCAACAACAAACAACAGUGACUACACAGCCAGGAACAAAUAAUCGUUACAAGGGUCAGGAAGUAUCAUCUGCAACUAUCAAGCGUGUACAGUUCUCCGAGACCACAGCAGUAGAUGCUCACAUCACUUAUGACAAUAAUGCAAACCAAGAAAAAACACCACGGCAGGACCCUAAUAACUUCAUCAAUGAGGCAGAAACUCUCAUGAACUCGUCACCCACUCGCAUUGCUGGAGGUAGCACACCAGGUGUGAUUGGGGCUCAGGAAGUAUAUAGGUAAGGCUAACCUUCCAGACUUACAGAUUUCAAGGCAUAGUCCUGACCUCUUGUUACUUGCAAGCUUGACAUUUUAUUCUCAGAAUUUCUGUAUACUGUAUAUCGAAGGUGAAACCAUAGUGAUUAACACAGCUGCAGCAAAUCAACUGUAUUGCCAGUUCAACAGUUAAACUUCUUACUGUAAUCCCUCUUUUUUCAUAAAUUAUUACCUCUCGAUGGAGCUUCCUUGAUGCUAGCAAGAGGCUCUUGAUCCAAGGAAUUGAACCUGAUCUCCCCUACCCUGGAUAGAACCUGAUCGACUCCUAUUACCUUAGGUGCUGUACAUUUCUAAUGGUUAAAAGUUUUCCCAUUUCCCCCAUGAAUAUAAUAGUCAUAUGAGGUAUCUAUUUUUGGAACUUUGCUGUCUAAUGCCUCACUUUGAAAAGUAAAUUGUUUACAAUAAUUGUUCUACUUCAGAUAGUUGUAAAUAUUUAAGAAAAAAAGCUCGUUUAAAACUUAUUUUAAAGCUCAAAUAACCCACAAAUAAAGGAGAAACUUUAAGACAUCUGUCCAUUGUCUCAGCUUUUCAGUGUAAGUGUGGCUUAUUU